UGCGUUUGUUGUUCUUCCUUCUGUUUCCGAGACGUUCAGGGUCUAAGCGGGUUCAACAGCCGCGUCUGCAUGUCUCUGCCAGUCCCCUCAAUAAAUCGUCUUCUACCGCCACCGAAUGAAGAUUAACAGGUAUGCCAAAAGAAAAAUAUGAUCCUCCAGAUCCCCGGAGAUGUUACACCAUCAUGUCCGCUGAGGAGGUGGCCAGUGGGAAGAAGUCUCACUGGGCUGAACUCGAGAUUUCUGGUCGAGUGAGGAGUCUGAGCAGCUCCUUAUGGACGCUAACCCACCUGACGGCUCUGCACAUCAACGACAACAACCUGACCCGCAUCCCGCCAGACAUCGCCAAGCUGCCCAACCUGGUCUACCUGAACCUGUCGUCCAAUAAGCUCCGCAGUCUGCCCGCCGAACUGGGCCACAUGGUCUCUCUCAGGGAAUUGCUUUUAAACAACAAUCUUUUACGAGUUCUGCCUUAUGAACUUGGGAGGCUUUUCCAGUUACAAACCCUGGGACUGAAAGGCAAUCCUUUGUCCCAAGACAUCCUCAACCUGUACCAGGAGCCCGAUGGAACCAGAAAGCUUUUGAACUACAUGCUUGACAAUCUUGCAGUCCACCCAGAGCAGCUCCCCCAAAGACCCUGGAUCACUCUGAAAGAGCGAGACCAGAUGAUCCCCUCAGCUGUGUUCACCGUCAUGUGCUACAACGUGCUGUGUGACAAGUACGCCACGCGACAGCUGUACGGAUACUGUCCAUCCUGGGCCUUGAACUGGGAGUACCGGAAGAAGGGAAUCAUGGAGGAAAUUACCAGCUGUGAUGCUGACAUCAUCAGCCUGCAGGAGGUGGAGACGGAGCAGUACUACACUCUGUUUCUGGAAACACUAAAAGCUCGCGGCUAUGACGGCUACUUCUGUCCCAAAUCUCGUGCCAAACUGGUUUCUGAGCAGGAGCGGAAACACGUGGACGGCUGCGCCGUAUUCUUCAAGACUGAAAAGUUUACGUUGGUCCAGAAACACACGGUGGAGUUCAACCAGGUGGCCAUGGCCAACUCCGAGGGCUCAGAGGUCAUGCUGAACAGAGUGAUGACCAAAGACAACAUCGGCGUGGCCGUUCUGCUGGAGGUCAAUAAGGACGCCGUCUCCGGUGGUGUGAAGCUGCCACCAGAGAAACAGCUGAUCCUGGUGGCCAACGCCCACAUGCACUGGGACCCCGAGUACUCAGACGUCAAGCUGAUCCAAACCAUGAUGUUCCUGUCGGAGCUGAAGAGCAUCGCGGAGAGGGCCUCGGGCUCCAUGGCGACGGGCUCGCCCACCUCAGACCCCUCCUCCAUCCCCAUCGUCCUGUGUGCUGACCUCAACUCACUGCCUGACUCUGGUGUGGUGGAAUACCUGAGCAACGGAGGAGUGGCCGAGAACCACAAAGACUUUAAGGAGCUACGCUACAACGAAUGUCUGACCAAUUUCAGCUGCAACGGCAAGAACGGCAACUCGGACGGAAGCAUCACACACAGCUUCCAGCUGAAGAGCGCCUACGACAGCAAUCUGAUGCCUUACACCAACUACACCUACGACUUCAAGGGCGUCAUCGACUACAUCUUCUACUCCAAGACUCAUAUGAGUGUCCUGGGUGUCCUGGGACCGCUUGACAGCCAGUGGCUUAUAGACAACAACAUCACCGGGUGCCCCCACCCCCACAUCCCCUCAGACCACUUCUCACUGCUGGCCCAGCUGGAGCUACACCCUCCCCUGCCCCACCCGCUCAACCCGCUCAAUGGGCUGCACCUGCCGGUCCACAGGUAGUGCAGCCCAACACCCCCACACCCCUCAGCUUUUAAACACUGUCCUCCCCCUCCAGCUUUGCACUGGACCCUGUACAGUUUACCAAUCAUGUGACACAUCUGAACCCCACCGACCCAAAAGGAGUGAAGUAUUUGCCCCGUUUGUUGCUCCUUUUUGUGUUUUGGGUAUUUUUUUUCUGCCCCUUUAAAAAACAGCUUGAUGCCAAAUAUUGGGCUUGAGAUGAAAAUGUUAAAAUAUCUCCAGUUUUUUUUUUUUUCAUAGAUACGAUCAUGGCGGCUCGUAGUUUGUCCUCCAACAUCAAACUAACACCGUCAACUGUUUUAAAUGAAUUUGCUUUUUGUUUUUUUCCCCACACAGAUAUGAAAUAAAUAUUUUUAAGAGUAGUACACAAGAUAAUUUUAUUGCUGCACCACAACAUGGAAGCUGUUUUUAGCUGACAGGUAACAUGUAAAACAUGUAAGGCAUCCAGACGUCUGCACAUUUUAAAUUUUCAUCAGCCAAGCAACACCAAAGUACCUCCGUUAGUCCAAUCUUAUGGAAGCUUUAAGUUUUUUAAAGUGAUAUUUAAAAUGUGAGCGGUAGAACAUGAAACCAUCCCCUACCAGCUCAGACUGAUCCCAGAUCACUGAGGGGGGCUUUCAGACAGAAAGCCUGCUUUAUGUAAAGGGAUGUUACAGCAGCCUCUACGCUUCUCUUUUUCUGGAUUAUAUCACCUUCUCUCUUUGAGAAUCUGUUGUGAUCAAAAUAAAAAGGAAAAUAGGAAACUUUAUAAAUAUCUUGCACUCAAAAUAAUAAUUUUGACUUCAUGCAUUUCAGUUACUUGUAAAUUAUACCGUCAAUUUAAUUACAUGCAUUAAAUGUAAACAGUCACAUUUAAAUAGAUGUUUGUCUUGUGUAAACGUGAAAAUGUUCCAUAAAGUCGGAUGUGAACAGGCUUUCCAGUGGUGUAAGAAGAACCGUUAAUAAAAAAUAACCCACCAAACACUAAUUUCCUUAUUUCCAUUAGAUUUUUCUGUUCUUUUAUCAAACUAAAACUUCUGGCUUCUGACUGAAACCUCAGAUUACCAAUAAAACUAUAAUAAACAUACAGAUUAUAGAUUAACCUUUUGAAAUGCAUAAUUAACAUAUAAUAACUAAAUAAAGUUUAUGUAGAGGUCCGUCUUGAUUUCGUGGAAAUAAAUGAACACAUCAACAUUUACUCAACACAAUAAAAACAUCCUGUAAAAUGUGACUGUUUACAUUGUUUUAGUGACAUGAAAUGGAAAAAACUUUAUGCAUAUCCUACAGGAAACUGUACUGACGUUGAUUUUUAAUGAGAAAUAAUUUAUUAUUGACAGUCCAAGAUGUUCUGGAGGGUUUGCUGGCAGGAAUGACCUCCUGUCUCUUUCUGUCUUGCUGUGAACUUGAAGAAGCCUCUGGCUGAACACUCUCUUGUUUCCUCACUGUGUUGUGUAGAGCAGUGGUUUCACAAACUUUUUGAGCCACAACGCCCAAAAUAACGUGUGUGUGUUUCCAAUCCCCACCUCCACGCGGCGACUUGGGGAUUAAUUGUGUGAUGUAUCACACUCAUCCUUUAAAUCUAAGGCUGGAAAACUGUCAGAAUCUUCUAAAUAAGGAGGAUAAAAGGGUUUUUGGUGGGUCACCAAUGUGACAAGGCACCUACAUGCCCGAAAUCAGCUUUUCUUGCGGAGAAAAUGUCAAAUUCAGAAAUUUAAUACAGCAUGUGUGCUGACUUUGUUGUUUUUGCAUUAAUGUUUUAAAAAAUUAAGGUGCUAAUUUUAAAGAUUUUUCUUAUUAAUCAUUUCAUUGGUAAAAAUCCCAAAUUUAUUUGAUAAAUGUAGGCAACACAUUACAGUUAUCUGGUAACCCACUGAUAUUAUCUUGCGACCCCCAUGGGAGUCCAGAGUUAGAGAACUACUGGUGUAGAAGAUGUGAAGAGUCUUUUAUUACGUUCAGCUUGUGCAUCAUUCUUCUCUGGAGAAUCAGUUUCAGAAGCUCCAGAUCAGAACAGAACCAGAACUUCUGGAUUAGUUUGUUCUGUUAAAGCCUCUGGUUCUGGUCCUGCUGCCCCAGCAAAUUCUACAAAGCUGAUUGCUCUUUACGAAACAGGUUAAUAGACGAUAUGAAGCAUCUUGGUGCUUGGACAUUGAGGGAUUUCCAGUCUAGUCAUCCAGCAGAGCUAACGGGUGUUUAUGGUCCUCCACCUCUACUUCCAGGAUCUAAACCCAGGGUGUCCAAAGUCAGUCCUUGAGGUCUGCCGUCCUGCAGGUUUUGGAUGUUUCCUGCUGCAGCACCUGAAUCAGAUAAGGGGUCAACAUGAUGGGCAGAAGUUGACAACAAGCUGUUGGAGCCAUUUAAUUUGAUUCAGGUGUGUUGGAGCAUGAAAACAUCUAAAACCUGCAGGACUACAGCCGUUUAGGACCGGAUGUAAAUGGUGCUUUGUGUACUCCUGAUUCGCCUUAAAAUCCACAAUCAUCUCAUUGGUUUUAUUUAUGUCUAGAUAAGGUGGUUUCACCCACAAACUGCCAAGAAAAUAUAUACAUUAAAUCCUAAGGUCGUAUAAAUCGGAUGGAAAAUUUACAUGUAGAUGAAAUGCAUGAACGUCUGAGUCAAAGUUAUUUCUGUGGAGUGCUCCAGUGAACAAAUCUAAAACUGAAAUCCGCCUCCCUUAAUUUUUUAUCUAUAAUUUGCUUUGACGUGAAACAGAUUUUUUAUUUUUCACCUCAGAGCUUUGCCGUGUUUCACGUCGCCUGACUGGCCAAAGAAUCUCCCCCCACAGCAAGUGACGUACAAUCUGUCUGUCCAUGUUUAUUUACCUGUGCCAGAGGGUUAAAAAUACUCCUGUAAAGAAUCAGCUAAAGGUUCCUAAUCAAGAGUCGAAUGUAUUUACCAAAAGGCUCAGCAUGAAACUGGGUGUUAGUUAGAUUCCGUGAUGUAUUUGUGUCAGAUAAUUUGAUGUAAUAGCCCUUUAUGUAAGCUUUAACUCAGGGCUGUGCUAUGCACUCAGCAGCAACUCUCACACUAAAGACUUGCGUUGUUUCAACAAAACAGGAAGCUGUUGUCCUGAAAACCCUUAACAAGCACAGGUAAUGUGUGUACAUGCAUACAUACGCAUAUGUUGUUUUUGUCUUUCUGCAUUCUUGAGAUAAACUGUUGAUGCACUUUUGCCCCUUUUGGGUAACCUGGGAACGGAAAAUUGUGACUUUUUCUGUCAUUGGAUUUGUGCCAAUAAGAUAAGAGUUGAGAUUUACUAAAAACAAUCCACAAAAGUUUUGAUUGUGGCAGCAUUAGAACUGGUAUCAAUGCUGAUUUACUGCAUCUUAACAGGGCAUUCACAUCAAAUAGUCCACUAGACUUGGUACGAUUUGUGGGUGCAACAUUCUUCCAAUACAAGUUUGCUUUUAUGCUGCACUACUCAAACCGGACCUUUUAAAUAAGUAAUUCCCCUCCUCACCAGAGGCGGCGCCGCAUUGAGAAUUACUGAAGGAGAAGACGAGACACAACGGAUACGAACACUUGGAAAUCUAUUUGUUUUCACAGGAAAACAAACAUCUUCUGUUUCCGUCACAUCAGAAUAAAACUAAAUAUUUAUAUAGCACUUUUCACACAUUGUGUAGCUCAGAAUGCUGUACAAAAAUAAAAACAAAACAAAAAAGGUUAUGUUGACAAACUAUCCAAACCCACCCACCGACACAGUAAGGACGAAUCACGAAGAAAAACCAGACCUAAAAAUUAUAUUACGCAGAUAAAACUUCAAAACCAAACAAUAAGAGUAAAAAAAAGUACAAGGAAGUAGAAGUAAAAUAAGUAAAUAAAAAAAAUCAGUAAAACAAUUCAACAUUUAAAUGAAUACAAAUUAAUACAUUUAUUUUAAGUCUUUUUAACCCACGUUUUAGGUGUUUUUGUUUUAUUGUCAUCAGAUCCUAGCGGAGAUCUUUGGAGAUUUCUUAUCUAAACCUUUACUUCUUUUUUUUUUUAGAUGUUUCUUUGGCUAUCGUCCUACACUCGCAUAGGUUUCGGUUGUGUUUACCCACAAUGACCUUGGCAUUGUAGUCCACUUCCUGCAUUUGGUUCACUUGAAGUGAACCGAGACCUCGGUUUGAAGGUUGACCAGAGUUCGCUUCAAAUGAACCGGAUGCACCGGCACUGUUUGGUCCGCUUCCACGAGAGUCUGGUGUGUUUGGAGCUGCGUGAACACACAUUUGCACUCGAACAGAACAAAGAAGCUAACUCUUGUUAGCUUGAAACCCAGAGGAUCUCAGUUUACUUCCAAGUAAAUUCUGGUGCGGUUCACUUGCAGUGUGAAAGCAACCAGACCAUCCAGCGGACCAGAGACAGGAAGUGAUGUAAGACACGUCAUACGGCAACAUGGUGGAAAUCUGGCUGCUCAUACUGGACAGAUUCUGGUGAAAACCUGAUUAAGUUUUAAUACCGAAGUAUUUGUUUGCUUGCGGUUAACAAUCAAUGAGCUGGAUUUUCUUCUUUCUUGUUGGUCAGUGGUUAUUUCAGGGAAUAUCGCCCCCUAGCGAGGAGCUGUUGUAGCUGCGUGAUGUGGUCGAGGCAGUUUCGUGCUUGAGUAAGGCAGCGUGGAAGCAAACAACCCAAACAAAGGUGCAACAUUCAGGAUUUCGCCGCCCUAUCCAACCGAAUUGCCGGACUGUCCUGAUGUGAAUGCAUCCUUAGGGCAGUUUCUCUUCUCAGUGCUAAAUUAAUAUACAGAGAAUUCUGAAUAAUUUGGGUAAAACAUUUCUCUAAUCACAAAUAAUCCAAAUCUUACAUGUUUCCUCAACCAGUAGCUUUAAGAAUCACAAAAUCUAUGAAUAGAAAAGAAGAAAUGAACUGACGAAUCAGCUCAUCUGACUCAGUUUCAGAUCAGAUUCAUUACAACAUUUUAUGUUUUGGGACAAAAAGUUCCCGCAGCCUUUAAUGCGAUGAGCUUGAAGAGAUUACGCAGCCCUGACGAGCAGCAUGUGCUGAUCCGGUCCUCGUGGAGGUCACCUUUGGGAGCAUUUCCAGGCCUAUACUUCACUCCUGAACUAAGCUCACAGGGAUUUCUGGUUUUUGUACAACAGCUGUAUAGAAAUGCAACUGUCUUUGGUGAUGGGGCGUCUAUCCUGUCUGUGAGAGGAAUGUUCCAUUCUCCUGAUAAAAGGGGUGUCAUGUUUCUCAAAGAGGUAUUGGUGUUAUUUUUUCUGUUAGUUUUUUUUCUUUCCUUUGCCCGGUGCACUAAGGUCUCUUAUGUGAAUCCCACCUCCAGCUGCCUCUGGUACACCUGUAGAGACCGAACAUCUGUCCAUGUUUGUUCUUGAACUACGGGCAUUUUCUAACGUCCAGUCUUUCAAUUGGUUCUUUGUACUCUUCAUUAUUACCAAUUUUUGAGAAAAAACCCAUAAAUGUUUUAGGUUUAAAAGCAGUGUGUCUUGUUUCUUUUUUUGUCUCCAGUAUUAUGUCAAAGAUGCUUAAACCAAAUAUUUUUGUUCCAUCUUGGGCCACAUCUUUUACGUUUUCCAUCAUAUCCAGCUACCCUCACCUGUCAGCAGGUGACAUGUUGAUUUUUGUCACUGCAGGGCGCACCUCAUACACUUUUUCUACAAAGAACGUGCCUAGUUUGUACAGUUUCUCCAACAGCAGCACUGCCCAUGAGACCAAGAUGCUCAGAGAUUAACUCAGCCAUCCCGUCCUCAUCCGUCCAGACAUCCUUUCAUCCUUCCAAAACCCACUUCUUGGUUCGCCUCAGACUGCCGUCAGUCAUUAAACGCAAACUUCACGCAUGUUUGUGAUUUCUGUUCAUCAUUUCUGAAUAGAAGACUUUUGUGUGAGCAUGGUUUUAAUUUAUUGUGUUAAUGCAGAUGGAGGUUGCUGUAGGAGGCCCUCGGUCUUGGGUGGCCGGUACGACGCCCAUCUAAACCCAGUGAUUUCUUGUUUAACAUGUUGAAUCUGAUGGAAAGAUAAAAGGCUGUUGAACUUUUACAGAUGCUGCAUAAAUAUUUUUUUCCCAGUGUAUUAACUUGUACAUUAGAUAUUUUAAAACAAACACCAGGAAAAAAAGAGAUUAUGCACAAUUUAAACUUUAUACUAUUAAAAAUGUAUUGUGUACCCAGAAUAAUAACCUCAAGUCCUGGCUCUGUGUUAAUGAAAGCAGAUCUGUUUAAAUAGCAUCCAGGAAGUGACCUAAAACUGGUUGUUAAGCCACCAGCAGUCACCAGCAGAGGUGCUACAUUAUUUCAGAGCUUCACUUUGACCUGGUCCAUGUAGCGAGGCCGCCAUGUGACAUCUCAGCAGGUAGUUUUCCACCACGUUGGUUUUCAAUCCAACCAACCUCCACCAGAGUUGAGGGACGCUCUACAAGGCAGGUUAUGAACUGUGGAAGCCAAAUUAUGCAUCAGAUUUCACAGUGAAAUGUGGAAAACUGCAGCGAGAGGUGACAGCACAGUUUGGGUGCUGAUUUUGUUUUAAUCCCAUGAUGGAUGUGUCCUCUGUUACGGUCCUGUUUGUUCAUGGAAGUGGAAUUUAAACGCUUCAUAAAUGAGUGAAAAGAUUCUAAUCACAGCAAACAUAAAAAGCAGGAUCAUCUGCAUAAAUCAGGUCUUAUCACAGCUUCUACAGAGAUCUGAUUCACUCACUGUUGUAAAAGUUUGCCACUAAAUUUGAGCUUUUAGGAGAAUUGAAGGUAUACUGCAGGAAUAAGCCUGGAACAUCUGCCUUUCACACACCAUGAAUAAAGACUUCUACAAAGGACACAUCUGAAUUUUCUGUGAGGAUUUACAGCUCAGUUGAAACCGAUCAAGCAGCACUUGUAUCAUCUCUUCCCACACAGACCCCCUCAUAGGCAAUAAAAUGUCUUUUUUGAAGA